AGCUCAAAAUGGGUUCGCAAAAUAAGCCCUCGCUAUAUUGAACACGCCCGACUCUGCGACUCCUUCUCUGGGACUCCAUCUCUGCGACUCCUUCUCUACGACUCCGUCUCUGCGACUCAACCUCUUCUUCGAAUCUUGACGCAGGGAUGGAAAGUGAAGGUAACAGUCAAAACUUUGAACAAGGAAAGAAAGGAACUAGGCGGUCAUGGUCCAAGUUUGAAGAAGAUUCGUUUUUGACCGUGCUAGAUGAUUUUGUGGCUGCAGGCCAACGCUGUGAGACUGGUAGUUUCAAAUCAGGUACUAUGGUCCAAAUGGAGAAGGCUUUGAAUAUUAAAUGUCCUGAUUCGGGGCUAAAGGCAUGCCCUCAUAUUGAAUCCAAAUUGAAGAAGUGGAAAAAACAAUAUAGCAUAGUCUAUGACAUGAUAAACACAAGUGGAUUUGCUUGGAAUGAUAUAAAAAAGUGUGUUGAGGUUGACAGUAAUGAUGCAUGGGAAACUUAUGUGCAGCACCACAAGGAAGCAGCCGAAUGGAGGAGCAAACCAUUUCCUUUGUUUGAUAGACUUUCUAAUAUCUUCGGAAAGGAUCGUGCUAACGGACAAAGAGCUGAAGCCCCCGCUGACAUGAUGGAAGAGCAAAGCAAUAAUGAUGUUAAUGCUAGUGAUAAUUGUGUCCAGGAAGAUGCAUCUCCUAUGUCUUUAAACAUAGAAGGAAGCCAAUCUAUGAACAGUCAAAAUAAGAGGAAAAGAGCUACAAGCUCAAGUGAUGAAGAGAAGAUUGUGACUGUAUUGGAGAAAUUGUUUGAAGCUUCUGGGAAAAGGAUGCAAAUGGUGACUGAGGCUAUAAUAAAAGGUAAUGAAGAUCGAUCUGAUAUUGCCAAAGAACUCAAGAGAAUGGGAUUUUCUCCUUUAGAUCAAAUUACAGCACUAAAACUCAUUUUGGAGAAGCCACAAAACAUAUCUAUAUUCAUGUCUUUGGAUGAUGAUAUCAAGAAAGUGUUUGUUGAGCAGUUGCUUAGUGACAAUGCUUGAGGACAUGGCCUAGCUAAGUUUGAUGCAUCUAUCUUUUUGGAAACACCACAAAUGAUGGAUUGAUAAGAUUGGCUUCAUUUUGGAAACACCACAAAUUGUAUAAUAUUUUGCUAGCAUUAAAGCCAUAUGGUUCAUGGUUGUGGGGCUUAUUAGUUUCAUUUUGAAAUUGUGGAUGUUUAUUUGUAUGUAUUAAUGGUAGAAUUGUGUGUAGCGAACUAAACCUCUAAUUUCUGAGUCAUGUAGAUGACUUUGGCAUAUAUGAAAAAUAUCUAAC